GUAUUUGGCAGCAGAACUUUGGUGUUCACAGUGAUACAGACUACAGACCCCAAGGCAUCAUUGAUCACACUAAUUUCAACAGAAUGCGCACUGAUACGUUAUCAACAAGCCAGACCACUCAUCACCGGUGUGGAAUUUGCAUGAAGACAUUUGGUACAAGUGCUACAUUAAGAGUUCAUCAAAAUAUCCAUACUGGCAAGAGGAAACAUUGCGGUGUGUGCAAAAAGUCAUUCAGCGAUCCUGGUAGCUUUAGCAGGCAUAAAAAGAAUUUUGGACAUUUUUAGUUGUUAUUUUUGGCAUGUGGAACAUUAAGGAGAAUUCACAAGAUUUUGGAUCCGACUACCAGCAACCGGGAGCAUCAUAUGUCAUUACACAGUCCAGUGAUACUCAUCUAUUUGAUGCUUCAGUGAACAGUAGUCCAUCUAUGGAUAGUAGCAACUACAUAAUGGACAGUAGCAGCCAUGGAACGGUCAACAUGUAUGAUUCACAGAGAAUAGACAUUGGUCAUCAAUGCAGUAUAUGUUUGAAGAAAUUCACUAGUAAUAAAACACUAAGGGUCCACAGCAACAUACAUGCUGGUAAAAAGACAUACUGUAAUAAAUGUAACAAGGCAUUCUCAGAUCCUGCUAGUCUUAGGAGACAUAGAAAGAACUUUAACCAUUUCUAGUAAUAUAU